AGAGGAAGUCAUAGUCAUUGUCGCUGCAAGACAAAGGCGCUUUUGUGUUCCUCUUUCUUUUUUCCUUCUUCUCUCGCUUCUUUGGUAGAUCCUCAUCCCAAUCUCUUUGUCUGCUCUUCCAAUCGGCCCAAUGGAGCCCUAGAAUUUUAAUCCAUGUUCUAAGAGAUCUCAUUUUGCUCUCUCUCGGCCUCUUCAUCGUUCAAUCGGCUGUUUACCGCUGGGAACGAAGUAUUCCUGUGCAAUUUUGAGUUCCAGAUGGAUUCCCCAUCAAGAUGGGAUUCUCAAGGGAUCACUGAUUUGCAUAAUGAAAGCAGUACCAAUCAUCAAUUUGCCCAGACAGAGGCACGCUGUGUUCUCUGUAGGCGAGUCUUUACAGAAGAUAGUGAAAUAUUUGAGGGAUAUGAAACAUUAUGUCUUUGUCUUGAUUGUAAACUUGUAUUCCUUGAAAAUAUUCAUCCAGAAGUACGGCAUUCUCAUCGGAGAAGGAACCAUAGGAGAAGAGCCAGGAAUCGUCGGAGCUCUGGUUCAGUUGAAGAGAUAUUCUCUCAUCAGUUCUCGCAGUUAAUUAACCAAAUGAGGCAAAAUCUUUCUAACACUUCUGUUUCUGGCUCAGAGCAUGGACACUCACGUGAUAAUGAUAUUGCUGGCAUGGUGCCCCCGGAUGCUAGUCCAUAUACUGUUCGUGGUAGACUUCACGGGAGGCAAAGGGUGCAUUCUGAUAAUGAUAGUGACGUGGAUUCUAUUAUUGGUGAGAGUGAUACAAAUGCCAGCAUUAGCGGUUAUGGUGCUUUUCUGGCAGAUAGUGAUGCUGUCUCAUUCAAUGGUUAUGGUUUGAAUUCAGAUGCAUCUCUAGAUAGGCAUAGUCUUGCAGACCGAGAAAUGUUUAUGCAAUGGAAUGAGAGCCAUAUUGGCAGUGAUACAGAUAUUGACCCAAUGCAUGCUGGUAUCAGCCACUGGAAUUCAGAUGAUGAUGGAGAAGAAGAUGAUGAAGAUGGAGUGUGGGAAGACGCUGAUGCCUUGGAAGUAGUUGAGGAAUCCAAUAAUCGGCACACGGGUGUUAGAAGCACUGGUGAGGGUAGUGAGCCUUCUGAUCGGGAACAGGUUAGGCAUUCUGCAGGAAGCAGGCGUGGUGAUAUUUGGAGAAGAGAUGAUUCUGCCCAUAAUCUUUCAAUGUAUAGACAUGCAUACAUGUCUGAUUUAUUUGUAAACUUGAGAACAGAGGUUCAACCUUUUGUUGGCGAUUCUGGUGAUUAUCUUGACGAGAGAGGAUUCGAAGAAUUGCUUAUUCAGCUUGCUGAAACUGAUAGCUUGACACGAGGCGCUCCUCCUGCAGCAGGAUCAGUUGUGAGUAGUUUACCUCGUGUAAUUAUUAGUAAGGUACACGAAGAGCAUGGGAUUGUUAUAUGUGCUGUAUGUAAAGAUCCUCUCGUCAUCGGAACUGAGGCAACUCAACUUCCAUGUUCGCAUCUCUACCACCCUUCCUGUAUUUUGCCGUGGCUGAGUGCUAGGAAUUCAUGCCCUGUUUGCCGAUAUGAACUCCUAACAGAUGACAAGGAUUAUGAGGAGGGAAAGCGGAACACAAACAGGACAGCUGGUAACGAACUUCAUCAGAUGGAAUCAAGUGGGGAUAGUUCCUCUGAUACAUCAGAUGAUGAAGAUGGGGAGGAAAGGAGAAGCAGUUCUCAGUGGUUUCUCCGAAUUGGUGGGCUUCAACUUCUAGAAAAUGAUGACGAGCAAAUUGAGAGUGAAAUAACGGAUCAAAAUGCCAAUGAAACAAAUUUCACUAAUGAAGCUUGUGUAUCUGACGACACUGCUACAGGCGGCAGGUCAAGAGGAGGGUGGUUUCUCUUUGCAGCUGCCCCCAUUGUCAGUAUCAUGGGCAUAGUCCUAGUUUUAUGGUUUGGAAACCCUUUGAUUGAAGGGAGGCUCAAUAGGAGCAUCAGGCAGCAUGAUCAACAGCAGCUUAAUGGAUCUUCUGGAGGCUCAACUGGGCUUCUGAAUGUCGGAAACAGGAACAGGAGUUGGUGGUCUUUCUUCUAGGAGUAAUUGUGCAUGCUUUAUCGAGAACGAGGAAGCCAGUGUUUGCUUGUUUUAUCCCCAUUCCUGAUAUUGAUCUAAUACCAAAGUCAGACGUGCUGGUCUGACAGUCGACGUAUUAAAUCAUGCUCUAGGUAAAUAAGCAUACUGGUGUGAUUUGUAUUGGAUUUUUCUUUUUUCUUCUAUAGUUGCAUAAAAUUCAGAGGAUUCAUGUGUUUCUAUUAUCCUUCAUUCUGCUUUCGUAAUGAUGCUUAUGGAAUCGGAUUUUCUGGCU